CUUCGAGCAAGAGGCGAGGGAUGAAGAGCUUGCCCUCGCCGUACAAGUUGCAGAGGAGGAGGAAGAGAAGGAGAGGCUGAGGGUGACCGUGGUUGUUCUUCCCCCUCGGGGUGCUGGUGAGGCUGGGAGCUCUCGGCCCCUCAACCCGACGCCGAUAAGAGUGGCCCCCAGGAAAAAACAGGAGAAGAAGAAAACCGCUCCCAAAAAGAAAUGCAUUGUUGCUGAUCAGGGGAAACCCAUAGAUAUGCCCGAGGGGUACUCCUGGCUGAAUAUUGUCGCCCUCGAGAUAGGGUCGAAGGCUGACAGGAGAGAUAUGUACGUGACUCAGCUGCACGUGGGUCCUUCGACUGUGGUGGUGGCGCCGGGACCUGAUGACGUGCUUUCCCGGGCUCCCGAGGGCUGCAUCGCCGUACACAUUCUGUCGGUGUCAAUGGGGCUCCGGUUCCCCCUGCAUCCAUUCCUUCGGGAGUAUCUCCGGUAUGUGGGCUUGGUCCCCUGCCAGUUGACGCCUAACAGCCACUCCUACGUGGCGGGCUUCCUGAACCUCUGCCGGGCCCGAGGGGUGACCCCCAGCCUGGACUUAUUUUUCCAGAGCUUCAACCUCUGUCGAGGGGGCCACGCGAACGCCGAGGGCUUCGCCAAUCUGUAACAGGUGGCUCGGUGGAAAUUAUUCACAGAAGCGCCCUCGUCCAACAAAGGCUGGAAGGAGCGGUGGUGCUACGUUAGAAUUGCCGAGAGCCCCUUUCCGAUGGAACUUCGGGAUCGCUUCCGUCGGCAUCCGAAGGUCGGAAGUGCUGCUCUUGAGAAGGAUGGCUUGAUAAUAGCCAAGAUCCCGGAGGGUCGCACGAAGCAAGUGUCCAUUAAGGACUUCACUGCUGAUAAGGAGCUUUUCGCCCUCGGCUUCCGCAGAUAUCGCUUCCUCAAUGAAACAGACGAGAAAUAUCCUGUGCUGACAGGAGGUAGUAUUUGAGGGCUUCCUUUUUUUGUACUUAGGAUUCCCCCCCCCCCCCCCUUUCUCUUUCCCUUCGGUCUAACCCCUUUGUUUUUGUUGGCAGGUGUUAAUAUGGACGCCGGUAAACUCUUCGCUUUGAAGAAAAAGAAGGGCAAGACCCAAGCCCAGAAGAAGGACCCCUCGGUCCAACCGCCUGUGGGAGCCUUCUUCCAAAAAGAGACUCCGGAGCCCUCUGCUGCGGAGGGAGUUGCUGGGGUGGCAGAGGGGGUCACCAAAAAGAAAAAGGGGAGCAAGGCGGUUGAGCCCCCGGCUAAGAAGCAGAGGGGUACAGGGGGAACCGUCGGCCAGGAUGCCCCCUUGGUGAUCAUCGAGGAUCGCCCUUCUCCGGAUCCCCCAGUUGAUGCUGCGGCGACAGCCCAAGCCAAUCUUCCCUUGAGAAGCCCCCCUCGGGAGAUCCUGCAGCUUUCCUUGGCCCCGGGGGCUUCCGUCCUACAUGGCUCAGCGGAGCCGAAAGCUUUCUUGAGGGGGAUGACCUCGUUAAUGGACAAGGCUGCCCUCUCAACCUAUGAUGAUGAGGCCCUCGAGAACAGGAUCCUUCAGUCUUCAUUAACUGCUUGCAUAGCCCUCAGGGAGCACGCACAGAGGCUUGAGCAAUGGCGCCUCCGGACGGCGGAGCAGGAUCGGGAGAUGAAGGAGCUCAUCCUGAAGAACUCCGAUGCUGUAAAGCAGAUGGCCAUGCUGGAGGAAGAUCUCCGGAAAGCUGCCGAGGGAGCUGAGCUGAAGGCCAAAGCUGCAGCGGAGGAAGCCAGGCUUGAGGCCGAGAGGGCAGCUAAGAAAGCCGCCGAGGAGGCGGAGCUUGCUAAGGCCGAGGCCGUCGCCAAAGCCCGAGAAGAAGCUGUUGCCGCAUUCAUGGCCGAGGGCUGGAAAGCCAAAGAUAGGCAGCAGUGGGUGGCCUCGGUCGUGGAGUCAUCGGUAGAUGACUGGGGUGAAGGGCCCCGAGGGAGACUGGAUGGCGGAGAGGGGAGAUAGUUAUUACCAAGGGGGUGAAUUCUUCACCCAGCACCUUGUGUACCGGAGGCUGGCCAGGCACUUCCAAGUCUCCCUCGAGGAAUUCGACCCCUCGGCGUAUGGCCUUCCUCCUCUGCAGCCAGACAUGAGAAACCCCCUCCCCUCGGGCGAAGAUAGGCCUGUGAUGCAUGACUCCAUGAUGAUGGGGGGAUCCGGCGAUGGUGAUGCCGGGGACGCCAUCGGGGAGGAGGUCACCGCGAAGCCCGCCGAGGAGGCAACAG